AUGCUCUGGAAAGAAAUCAUCCUGGAACUUAAGGCCACCGGCGUCGGAGUGGAAGGACCUGAGCGCCGUAUUUCCAACUCUUGGCUUGCUAUUGCGCAGCAACAGGCUCGCACCAACGCCGAAGACACUGAAAAAGAGCCACCCCAAAUCCAUCGUUUCCCCCACAAAUUACAUCCAGAUGAUCUUCCUGUUCUCGACGUGCCAGCUGAUGUUCAAUCCGUUGCCGGCCGACUACUUGGGGAGGCUGACUACGGGCUUCCCAGGUAUCUCGUGGUUCCUCCAACAAACCAGAAGAGUGGGUCUGCGAAGUAUUACGAGGGUACCUUGCUGGGCAUUGGGCCCCCUGUAUGCUCCGGCCGGGCCGAAGACUUCAACUCCUUAAACAGCUGUUCCAGUCUAGUAUACUGGGCAGUGAUGGGUGGAAGGCCUUUGGCAAACCCAUCCACGCUUGAGAAGACUGCGCUCGGACUCGGAGUAAGUGGCUGGCCGGACUUCGAGGAGAGUUCGCCCCAUUUACAUGUAGCUGGGGUCAAACGUUGGCUGGCGCAGAAAGCCGGACCAGUUCUGGAGACCUUCCGCGCUUGUCCUCGAUCCCUUAAGUUCAAUGCUGGCUGGCACCGGUUCCUCCCACUCGGCCGCGAAGCUGCUGAGAGGGUUGUCAGCCAAUGCUUGGUUAAUCUCACUUGUAAUUACGCCGCUUUUACGGCUCCACCUGCAGCACAGGCGGACGUGCGACACCUUGUCUCUCUGAAUUUUAUAGCUGCCGAGUUCGCUCUCGCUUCCGAUCCCGGGAUGCUCCCUGUCCCCGCUUUCUUCGAAAACGCAUGCAUUAGGUCUCUGGUAACACUGUUUCACUCGAAGGCCCCCUUAAUAGAGCUGCUGCUGGCUCACCAAGCUUAUAUCUGCAUACCCGAGUCUGCUGGCCCACUAUUGACUACCCCUCCUACCUGGGAAGACGCCAUUGCGUGCAGGCAGCUGGAUGGGGGGCAUUUGAUGUCCGGUGACCUACUUUUCCAGGUCCUGCACCCUUCGUUGGGAGAUUCUUCCUACGGCGUGGUGUCUGCAGCAUGCCAGGUAGCGACGUAUUUGAACGACGUCCACGGCCUUGGGGGGGAUGCCGCUUGUCAGGAAAGCGUAAAUUUGCUCAUCUCCGCGCGUGUUCUUGGGCAACAUCUGUGCGCUUCGGGAUUGGUAAGCGGAUGCCUUGGAGACCUCUCUUAUCUCCUGGGUGCACUAGGGCAACUGGACCCUGCCUUGCGGAACCAUGUCCUGGCAAUCUGGGCGUACGGGUAUGCGCUCAAUAUCUGCUGCGUCAGGUACGGCACCGUUGAGCUAGCCCUCAGGGUGCCCGAGGCACCGAGACUCGAACCUGUGCGCCUCAAUGCACGUUUGGGACCUACGGAUGGUUUUGUACUCUCUAGAAGUGCUCUCCUCGGCCGGAUUGGCGAGCUCGCUGGCGAUGCACCUCUACCCGAGGUGGCGGACCUGGUUAAUGGUGCGCAGGCGCAGAUGGUGCUCACGGACGCGCUUGCAAGAGCGUAUCGUGGAGACUACACUUCGCUCUGGGCUAUUGUAUUCUGUACCCUGGAAGGUGGUGUUUUUGACCGUAUAGCCCUGGCGAUAGAUUCUGCGUGCCCCAGCAAUGUCGAUCCAAUCUGCCCCUGCUGCCAGGUUGCGUGUGCGGAUAUGUCCCCAGAACAAGUCUGA